AUGAUAAUUUAUUAUAUAUUUGGACUCCUGUAUUGUAUAAAUGCAUCAUUUGAUUAUCCAACCGCAUGUGAUUGCAAUGAACACAUAGAUUAGGAGGCUUGUGAAAGUCAUAAUUGUUAUUGGGCAUAGUCUGAAUGCAGAGUGGCUGAAUGUGAUUAAAGAUCAUUAUAGAAUUGUGUUGGUGCAUCUUAAUUCUUGAGUUAAAAUCCACUAUAUUGUUACGUGAAGAAUGGAAGAUGCGAGAAAUUGGAGAGGUGUGAAGAUCUUCAAAUAAGUUAAACUAAUGUUGGACAAGCUAGAGAAUAAUGUUAAUUAUAUUAAUGUGCUUAUGAUCUUGUGAGUGGAUACUGUUUCAAACCAGAGAAGUGUGAUGAUAUUUAUGAUCAAUUCACUUGUGACAGUUUUUUGAUUGCUAAGAGUAAGCCUUUGGAAAUAGAUUCCAUUUGUUAUUGGGAUGGAAAGUGUAAGGCUAGAAAUUCAUUUAUUGCUAAUUGUGAAUCUAUCAAGGACAGGGAUGUUUGCUAGUAGGGAGGAUGUCAAUAUCGGGAGGAGGAGUGCAAGGAGAUUGACUGCAAAAGUAGGAGUAUCAAGGAAUGCAAUGGGGAGUAUGUGGAUCAUAAGGGGAAGGUGUUUGUAUGUUAUGAGAACAAUGAGGAAUGCGAGUAGAUUGAGACAGAGAAGUUACACAAAGUGGUAUGCAAUUCUAUGAUUGGACAUACUUAUAAGGAGAAACAAUGUAGAAAAUGCAUUUCAUAUGCAGAUCAUUGGAAAUGAU